CCUCUUGACUUUGACACCACCAGGAAGGACCAUGGAUGGGAGGCGGAAUUGUCAGUCUCACUCACGGGAUGGACUCGAAGGCAGUCAAUGAGAUGAAGUGGGAGACGCCACCAAGGAGGAUGGUAGCUUUGGGAGGGGGGGAGAAAGGCAAUGCGAGGGACAGUUGACCACGGAGUACUCCGACACAAAUCAUGUUGCAACUCCGAAUUCUUGUGGGACAGAACCAGAUAUCGAAUGAAUUAUAAAGAAGUGGAGGAUGUUCUAUUCUUGGGAAAGUUUCCACCACGGGAAGAAGUCCGACUCGUGCCUCUCCCACGUGACGGAGGCUUCUGCAGCUCAGCUGUUGAUUCUGACAGUCUGUAUGUCUACUCUUCUUCAAUCCACCAAUCCUGUUAUAUCCUUCCUCGUCAUGCCUCUAGUUUGGGACUGGUCGAGAUCUCACGUACCAGCAGGGCGGGAGGAACCCUGCUUAUUGUUAUCCUGCCAUCCACAGCGUGUGAAACACGUUGUGAGACGGACGAACUGAUCGAUUCUGAUUGCCUGACAGACCAUGCCGUUGGUCCGGAGCUGCUGAGGAAUACGAGGCUGGAUGGAGCUUUGACUCCGGCCAAGCUUCAUCAGCCACCAGCCCCGUAUGACUUGGGCAUAGUGAUGCUGCAAUUGAAGGCUAUGGUCGUCAGCGGCGGCUACUCAUCUUUUGCGCCUGAUUGGAAAGAGGAUUGGAAAUUGGACUGGACAACACGCAUCUACCUGGGAUGGUUAUGGGUGUUCAUCUCAUGGACAGACCAUAGGUUGGAAUCAGUGGAUGACAUGGCUUGACUUCCUUCUAUGUCUUCUAUUAUUUGUCUCUCUCUCUCUUUCUUUGUUACCAUUUACUUAAUUUCAUCUUUUCUCUGUUCUGGUUUUAUCACUGGUCAAACACCCGACUUGUAGAUUUGCUGGUCAACACGUGGGUCUACCUGAUCCGACGGCUGAGAUUGA